AUGCGGGAUGAAAUCGCUAGCACCAAACGCUCCGCCUGGCAUUCGACCUGUUGGACGUCCUCUUCAACAAAUGAGCACGUCACGGAGCUGGAUGCAAAGUUCAGCAUGCUACCAGCGGACAAGGUGGAGGCCAUGCGUGCAGCAACGGAUUUCCAGAAUUAUCCAGAAUUUGCUAGGGCGUUUCCAAAGUGCGAAAAUGCCUGGCAUUCGACCUGUUGGACGUCCUCUUCAACAAAUGAGCACGUCACGGAGCUGGAUGCAAAGUUCAGCAUGCUACCAGCGGACAAGGUGGAGGCCAUGCGUGCAGCAACGGAUUUCCAGAAUUAUCCAGAAUUUGCUAGGGCGUUUCCAAAGUGCGAAAAUGGUCGCAUCGCCCCUUACGGCUGCAACCGCGACCCGCAGCAGUCCCGCUUCCGCCUCGACCCAGUCUACACCGUCAGCGGCAACCGGGUGUGCAUGACUGCCCGCGUCGUGGACUGCGCCAAGCCGGGCUCGGACUGCUGUGACCCCAAGAUUGAUUUUUACAAGAUCGAGCUGGACGUGAACAAGCAGUGCAAAGGCGCCGUGACGGGGGUCACGGUCAACGGAAAACCGGCUCUGGCACCCACGUUCGACCCCUACGCCACCAACGAUACCAAGGCAGUGAUUAAGCUUACGGGCCUGAAUCUUGACCUGACGACUGCGGACGGCGCUGUGGUGUGCAUGACGCUGGGCGGCUCGUGUCCCUCCAUGGAGACACUCUGUGCGGAGGGCAACGGCUUCUGCAAGUAUGCCGUCGUGCAAACCCCUCGCCACCCAGCCCUCUGCCACCGAGCCGUCCGCCUCCAUUUGCGCCGCCAUUCACACCAGUACGGAUUAGGUCGCCGUUUCCGUUCUGCGAGUGAGUUUAUCGGGCUGGCGUUUGUGACGACUUGCAACCGCACCCUGCCUGGCCUGGUACCCUUCAACUUCGACAAGACACCGUCGCUCAGCCUGAAUGGCGCCAACCGCCGGUACUGCCUGACACUCCGUACAGUGCCGUGCGCGGACCCUAGCAGCCCCUGUUGCGACCAGGCGCUCUCCAAAGUGGAGUGGUGGUCCAGAGAGAGCUGUCGCGGGUCCGUACGGGCCGUGUACCUGGACGGGAUCAAGAUCGACUCGCAGUGGGGCGUCAAUGGGACGUUCAAGAUCCCCCAGCUGAACAUGGCCCCCAGCUCGGUUCCCCUCCAGGGCCGGCAGGCGGGGUGUGGGCGUGCAGGAAACCGUGGCAGCAUAAACCGGGUGGCCGCAAAGAUUGCGGUGCAGUGCAACCCAAGGCACAUCAUGGAGCCAGGGCAGAUCAUCCUAGUGCAUGGCAGUAACAUACCUUACAUGCUGGUGUGUUGA